GUCAGUCCGGUAGCGGCGGCGGCGGCAGGAACGCGUCCCGGCGCCGCCUCGGGCUCCGCUCUGCUCUGAGGCUGCUCCGGGAGGAGGAGAGCGAGGCGAGGGGCUGCGAGCCGUAGGGCCCUCGGGCCGGGCGCAUGGCUUAGGGACGCCCCCGCCCGCUGCACCCCCAGCAUGGGGAAACUUCACUCCAAGCCGGCCGCCGUGUGCAAGCGCAGGGAGAGCCCGGAAGGUGACAGCUUCGCAGUGAGCGCCGCCUGGGCUCGGAAAGGCAUCGAAGAGUGGAUCGGGAGGCAGCGCUGCCCGGGUGGCAGCUCCGGAUCCCGACAGCUGCGGGCAGUGGGCACCGUUGGCAGAGGAACCCGGGAGCUUGUGGGCGAAGUUUUCAGAGAAACGCUCAGCGAGGAGGAAGAGGAGGACUUCCGGCUAGAAGUGGCCCUGCCUCCCGAGAAGACGGACGGGCUGGCCAGCGGUGAUGAGAAGAGGAUGGAGAAGGUCGGGGACUCUUGCCCUGGCUCCAAGAAGCAGCUGAAAUUUGACGAGCUGCAGUGUGACGUGUCUGUGGAGGAGGACAGCCGGCAGGAGUGGACCUUCACCCUGUAUGACUUUGACAACAACGGCAAGGUCACCCGCGAGGACAUCACCAGCCUGCUGCACACCAUCUAUGAGGUGGUGGAUUCCUCCGUCAACCACUCCCCGACGUCCAGCAAGACGCUGCGGGUGAAGCUCACCGUGGCCCCUGAUGGGAGCCAGAGCAAGAAGAGCAUCCUUCUCAAUCACCCUGGGGAAGGGCUGGAGCACCAUCCUGCCCGCGGGGACCUGCAGAGCACCAGGCCCAGAGCAGAGACCAAGCCUGCGGAGGAACUGCGAAGCUGGGAGAAGAAGCAACGGGCUCUCCUCAGGUUCCAGGGUGACAGCCGUCUGGAGCAGUCUGGCUGCUACCACCAUUGCGUAGAUGAGAACAUUGAGAGGAGAAACCACUACUUAGACCUCGCCGGCAUAGAAAACUACACAUCCCAGUUUGGGCCUGGCUCCCCGUCAGUGGCCCAGAAGUCAGAACUGCCCCCCCGCGCCUCCAACCCCACUCGAUCUCGCUCCCACGAGCCCGAAGCUGCCCACAUCCCGCACCGGAAGCCCCCAGGCGCGGACCCCGGCUCCUUCCACUUUCUCGAUGCCCCCUUCGCCAAGGUCUCCGAGGUCCAGCAGCGGCUCCGGGGUGGCACCCAGGACGGGAGCAAGCACUUUGUGAGGUCCCCCAAGGCCCAGGGCAAGAGCGUGAGUGUGGGCCACGGGGCCAGAGGGGCCAGAAGCAAACCCCCAGUGGGACCCGCCGUCCCUGCAGUGCCCGCCUCCGGCCACCUGGCCGCCAGCCCCGCCCUCCUCCCCACGCUGGCGCCCCUCGGGCACAAGAAGCACAAGCACCGCGCCAAGGAGAGCCAGCCGGGGUGCCGGGGCGUGCAGGCGCCCCUGGCCGUGGGCGGCCCCGUUGUGGGGCGGGACCACGUGCGGGAGCUGCCCGCCGUGGUGGUGUACGAGAGCCCGGCGGGCCAGGCGGUCCAGAGACACGAGCAUCACCACCACCACGAACACCACCACCAUUACCACCACUUUUACCAGACAUAGAGCCCUGCCCACCCCGCCCCCGCCAUGUGAAGGACCCCCUCCCCCUGCCCGCAAGGCAUUAUUAUUCUAUUAAUUAUUGUUAUUAUGACGAUUAUUGUUAUUAAUAAUUAUUGGUACUCCACUAAUAUUCAGCUAGCCUCCAUGUAGAAGCUAUACGGGAACACAGAACUAAACUUUUAUUUAUAUGUUGUGGGGACUGCAUAACUCAUCCAAGAAGUGACUCUGGGUUGGAGUGGCCUGCAGAGGCAGAGGUUCCCCCCAACCCCCGGGGGUGGGGGGGGCGCUCCGGAGCGGCAGAGCUGGGGUGUCGGCUCAGGCCAUCCCACGCCUUUCCCAGCCCGGGGCGAGCCCUCCGCCAGAACUCCGUCCCACCCCAGUCUCUUCCAGGAGAGCACCCUUGCCUGGCCUGGCUUCCAGAGACCCUCCAAAUCUCCGAGAAGAUAAACAGCUGCUACCUCUUAGUAUGAUUCUGAUUUUAUUGUGCCCUUCACUGAUGGUAACGUGCUACAAGGGAUUUCAGCGGACUGCAGAUGGCGCGACCUCCCCGGCUGUGGUGUUUUCAAUGUCCCAACCUAGAAACCCUAGCUAUCCUUUCUGGAAGUACCUUUCACGCCUUUCCAGCGGACUCGCGUCCCUGCCCCCAAACCAGUCCCGCCUUUUCGACCGCACACCAAGAAAAUACAUUUCUCUUUUCUCCUCUCCUCCUCCUCUCUUCUUUAGAAAGCUACACACGCAUAUUGAAAGACUGCCCUUGAAACCAGCCUUCUCGUCUUGGUAACCUCUGCUGAGGGAACCAACCACGUAAACAAGCAUGGGGUUCCGAGAUCGGGCAGUUGUGUGGUGUUGGUUGUGACCGAAGAUGUGGAAACCUCGGGUCCUACCAUUGGCAAAUAUAUACCUACCUAUGUGCUUCUCUACCAGAGCUUCCUGUAUCUGUAGAUAGAUGCUGUCUGUCCAUUUCUAUGUAUCUUUCUAUAAAUAUACACUCUCAGGUAACUUU